GUAAGACAUGCCGAAUUAGUCUGGUGUUCAUAGAGGACUAUUUCAGGUUUGCUAUUCCCAGCAGAUACUCAUCGUAUGAGGUCACAUUGGGAUAUGGAUUGACAAUCUUACCACUGGUUGUGCUCUCUAAGCUGGUGCAAAUUGUAAUUGUCUGUCACUCUGACUUUACGAUGUUAACUGGGAUGGUCCCGGUGGCUUUGCUCUUACUUGCCACGAUGGUUGGCUUGGGAUAUUGCUGCCCGAGCCGACUAGAGCUCCAUUUCGGUGUGCGUUCGCAAGUCACUGCCGCAUGUGCUUGGACCACUGAAGCUGUGCAGGGGUGUAUUGUCCUGCUCGGCUUCCUCGACAUCGUUCGCGUGUGGCUUAUUGAUUUGCAAGGUUGCGGCCUGACUGUCAAUAUUCCGCACCUUGGUGCUCUUCAUACACUUGGCCGAGUGGCAUUGGUCAUUCUGACCACUGCAAUUGCGACGUUUGCGACGAACUGGAUCGACACCUGGAUCAACCCCUGCUCCAAGACUGAAGCUCCUCAAGUCAGAGUCUUCACCACUUUCAGAUCAUCGAGCAGUCUCCCCAACAUCACCUGAUUUCGGUACAAGGCACUCACUGAGCAGAAGACGGAGCCUUUCGGAAGCAGCUCGGUCGAAAGAGCAUGUAACGGAGAAGAUCACCAUCCUGUCGCUCCGCAGCACUGCUUUAGGUCAGCUUUAUGGUGUUAGGGAUGCAGCUCGUUUACCGGCCCUGAUUGCUACAACGUCAAGAAGGCGGAGAGAUCCGC